AUGCGGCGCUUCGCUCGAUCCCACAAGUACCUCGCCACACCUGCUCCCUCGCCACACCCGCUCUCUCGCCACACCCGCUCCCUCGCCACACCUGCUCCCUCGCCACACCCGCUCUCUCGCCACACCCGCUCCCUCGCCACACCUGCUCCCUCGCCACACCUGCUCCCUCGCCACACCUGCUCCCUCGCCACACCUGCUCCCUCGCCACACCCGCUCUCUCGCCACACCCGCUCCCUCGCCACACCUGCUCCCUCGCCACACCUGCUCCCUCGCCACACCUGCUCCCUCGCCACACCUGCUCCCUCGCCACACCUGCUCCCUCGCCACACCUGCUCCCUCGCCACACCUGCUCCCUCGCCACACCCGCUCCCUCGCCACACCUGCUCCCUCGCCACACCUGCUCCCUCGCCACACCCGCUCCCUCGCCACACCUGCUCCCUCGGCACACCCGCUCCCUCGCCACACCUGCUCCCUCGCCACACCUGCUCCCUCGCCACACCUGCUCCCUCGCCACACCUGCUCCCUCGCCACACCUGCUCCCUCGCCACACCUGCUCCCUCGCCACACCUGCUCCCUCGCCACAUCUGCUCCCUCGCCACACCUGCUCCCUCGCCACCCUAUGACAAGUAUACACCAGUGGUUACUGCCGUCGUCUCACAAUCGAUUGGUUCUCAGGUCGAUUCCCGAGCGGAGCGAGAUGCUGGUCGAGGAACGUGUCCUUACAACUGA